AGCCCGCCCAAUCAACAACACGAAACAGCAACCCUAGAGACGAGAGAGAAAUAAAAGGUUUGCGAGAGUGAAAGAUAGGGUUUUGGAAGGAAGAUGGCGAAGUUCAAUGUGGUGCAGAAGAUGCGAAGAGCUCAAAUAGCGGAGAGAAAGAGAGCGAUUCAUGGAGAUCCUAUAACUGGGAAGCUCAAGACUAAGCCCCAGUCCCUCUCUGUCUCGGGCAAACGCAAGCGCAAGCUCUUGAAAAAAUGGCGCAGGGACCAGAAGGAGGCUGUGGAGAAGGGUCUACUGAACAUGGAAGAUGUGGAAAUGGCAUCAGCUGAAGGUACAUCUCAGGACACCAACAGAACACCAACGGUGUUCCACAUGAAGAAGAGUCUGAAACUUAAAAAACUAAAGCGCAGAGGUAAGGGCAAAAGAAAAUCGUCUACAUUAGCUGCAGCUGCUGAAAUUUCCAGGGAUGCGAUGGCGGAGUAAAAUGAUGAGAAAGCAUACAGGUUAACUCAAUUUGUUGUAAUGUUUCUGAGAACACGGGGGGCAGAGAUAGUUUAUGAUUAAGAUCUACAAUACGAGGAAGAAGAAGAGAACGCGCUAGAAGAGGAAAACAUAGCCCCAAAAAGAGGCUUAAAGGUGGGGUUGUAUUGUCCAAUGUUAGUACCGUCUUUGUAACUCGGUCUUUUAAGGUUGCUUCCCCCCCAUAUUGGCUGUUACUCCCAAACUUAUUUUCUUUUCCUACUCUUCUUGAAUUUGAUCAUCUGUAGCCUUUUUUGUCCGACAUAUUUAAGUAGUUUUAUAAUUGAUGUAAUGCAUUUUAAGUGAUUUUAUAAGUGAGUCAUAUAAAUGUGAAAUUACUUUAA